AUGAAUAACAAUCAUAGUCGAAUUAAUCGACCACAAGCAACAUUCGAGUUUAGGAUUAAUCGAAUACGAUCGUCAUCGGUACUAGUACAUGGUCCUUUACUUGUGAUUUCUUGGCCGCGUAUGCCACCAACAUAUUCCGUGGUAAGUUUUUUUAUUAGAAAUAUCAGUACAUGUACAGAAUAAGUGUGCCAUCACUUUAUACAUGCAGAAAGACAAAUAAGAAAAGAAAAUCUUAUGGAAAUAAACAUAUCAC